AUGCUCGUACAGGGCGAACUGUCAAGAACAGAAUUCUUUGGUCCCGAGAAGCAAGUGGUUUUCACUAGCAAGCCAUUUGUUCUCGCCAAGAACAAAAAUAUCCGAUUGGUGGACGAUGACGGCAGUGACGAAUUUCGUGGCAUUCAACCCGGAUUUCAGGUAUUUGUUGACGGCACGUGGGGUACGGUAUGCAACCGAACUUGGUCAGCACAACUGGCGCAACUCGCAUGUAAUCAGCUGGGUUUGAUUGCCGAUCCGGAAUUCUUUGAAAACUGGAGGAUAUUCCGCUCCCAGGGAGAUCUACCGAUGAUUAUGGAUAACAUUCGAUGCGAGGAAAACGAGGUGGACUUGACCCAUUGUCGCCAUGACGGUGUCGAACACAAUGUUGCUGCUGGAUGCCGACCCACUGAAGUAGUCGCUAUUCGAUGCGCUGAACCUCGCUGGGCUGGCGUCCGUUACUCGUUACUUGCCAAUCCGCCAACUUUCACCGGUCAGACCACUAUGAGUAACUGGAUUAUUGAGAAGGCUGGUUUGUUUGACUUCCGAGUUCCUGUGUUCUCUCCUGCUCUGCAAAUCGACUGGAACUAUCACGUUUUCCACAACCUGAACAUAAGAAAUAACUUCUGGAAUGGUAUCGACAUCGUCUACAACGAUCUGAUCAAGAAGCCAGCCAUUCGCAACAGCGUCGUGACGAACAAUCGCCGUAAUGGAAUGCAUCUACGAUCUGUCGGGAUCACCUUGGAAGAGAUGGCUCUAACCCGUUCGGGACAAGCAGGACUGCGUUAUAAUCCACGGAUUUCCUCAUCACUGCAGAGAGACAUUGUAUCAUGGCUUGACAUGAGAGAACAACCAGAGCUCGAAGCUAACAACAUCUACAUCAUACCGGACAGCAGUUUUCGAACUGUUAAGCCCAGUCUAGCCUUCGACCCUCCGUUAUCGGUCUGGUACUUGAGAGUCAUCUUAAAUCAAAGAAAGUUCCUCGUAGCGAAGGAGACACCAGAAUGUCCAGCUGUUCCGUUGGAGCGCUGCAUCUUCGAGAUGAACCUGGAGGCCAGCGGUUUCGGAUAUGGACUGCCGGCAAGAAUGGCCAUUCAGAUCGUCAAUCCCGUGUCGAACAUUUCGGACGAAGAUGCUGUGUUCUUCGACCGGGGAAGCGCGAAAUCAUUUAGUGCCAGGAGCAACUCCGUUCAGUUCCCUGUUGUCUUCAAUUCCAAUGUUACCAUGCAGUAUACUCGAUCCUACGGUACUCCGAAACUCAUCGUUCUUGUGCUCUUCCUCGAUGGUAAGUAUUGGCUCGGCGUCGGGUUAAGCUGA